AUGGAGGAGCCGCUGCCGCUGCCGCUGCCCCAGGCGGCCCCGCCGCCCGCCCCGCCCGACACCGCGGCGCCCGCGGCCUCGCUGGAUGGGGAGCCCGCGGCCGAGGCCGCCCGCGAGUGGAACAUCCCGCCCAACGCGCCCGCCUGCAUGGAGCGGCACCUGGAGCGCGCGCGGUACCGCGCAGACGGGGCCCUGCUGCUGGGCGCCUCCGGGCUGAACGGGCGCUGCUGGACCGGCUCGCUGUGGGUGUUCGCGGAGCCCCGGCGCGCCCCCAGCGAGGGCUUCUGCACCGCGGGCGUGCAGACCGAGGCGGGGGUCGCCGACCUGUGCUGGCUGGCGGACAGGGGCAUCCUGGUGGCCUCCGACUCCGGCGCGGUGGAGCUGUGGGAGCUGGAGGAGGACGAGAGCCUCAUCGUGAACAAGUUCUGUAAAUACGAGCACGAUGACAUCGUGACGUCGGUGUCUGUGCUGGCCGGCAGCAGCCAGGCUGUCAGCGGGGGCAGGGAUUUCUGCGUGAAGGUCUGGGACAUCCCGGAGCAGACGGUGCUGCACUCCUACCGAGCUCACUCCGAUGCAGUGACAUGUGUGGCUUCCUGUCCUGGUAAGGACACUGUGUUCCUGUCCUGUGCUGAGGACAACAGAAUUUUACUCUGGGACACCAGAUGCCCCAAACCAGCUACCCGAAUUGUUUGCAGUGCCUGUAAUUACCUCCCUACCUCAGUCAUGUGGCAUCCACAGAAAAGUGACAUCUUUGUCCUGGGUGAUGAAAGUGGAACAGUUGCACUGGUGGACACAAAGAAUCCUGACUCUGCCCUGAGCAGCGCUGUGCACACCCGAGGCAUCACAGGCUUUGCUUUCUCUGCACACAGUUCACCCUUACUGGCUUCCAUCAGUGAAGACUGUUCAGUUGCUGUUCUUGACUCAGACCUCUCUGAGGUGUUCAGAAACCGUUCUCAUCGAGACUUUGUAAAAGGCUUGUCCUGGUCUCCUUCAGAUGAUGCCUUGCUCACUACAGUUGGAUGGGAUCAUCAGGUUUUGCAUCACACUGUUCCCCUACCAGCUGGUGAAGCUUCUGGAAUCAACUGUGUAAAAGAAUAGUUUUAUAAACUCGUGGUCCAAGUUCCUUGCUGGCAUCACUUUGAUUCUGCUGAAGUCGCAGGUGUGUGAGCUGGAGGGGCUCUGUCUGCCUCGAAGCUUGUGGCUAAGAAGGUUCCUGUAGUAAUUUUGAGUUAGGCAUAAGUUAGUUACAAACCAAGCUUCACCCUCAGGAGUGGCUUCUCCUGUAAUAAAAGACUUUGGUUUUACUCAGAAAAAAAUUGACUUCAGGCACAGAGGAGACUUGGAGAGACAGGGAAUUAGGUGUAAUGAAAUAAAGUCAAAAAGACUUGA